AUGGGUGAAGAAGACCUAUUUGGGAGCGGGAGCGAGGACCAGGGGUCGCCGCGCUCUGAACAGAGCCCGUAUACGUCUGACAACGACUACGAGAGGGAGCCCAAGCGCCUGAAAAUCAAGGAGACCAGCCUGCCUCGAUACGGCCCGAGCCACCAAAGCAAGCAUGUGUUCUUUACCCGCGUUCCGGCGUUUAUUGCUGUUGAUCCCCAGCGGUUUGACGCCGAGACCGCGGUGGAGUCGCUUGCCGCUGAUCAGGACUUUGACGAAAACACCGUGCGCUGGAAAUACGCAAAGACUGCCGACGGCGAGGUUGCCAAAGUCUCCAACGCGCGGAUCGUUGAGUGGAGCGACGGCUCACGAACUCUGCAAGUUGGCUCCGAGCAGUUUGACAUUCGCACCCAAAAGCCCUAUGAGCCCCUGUUUAUUACCAAAAACCACCUCGCGGAGCGAAUGCUGCAAACCGCCAUGGUGGUUGACGAGACCCUCACUCUGUUACCUACAUCCACAACCUCUGCUACACACAAACGAUUGGCUGCAUGGCUGGCCAGUAAACAGCAAUCGAACCGCGUCAAAGUUGGUAUCAUGGCUACUGAAGAAGACCCCGAGCGUAUCCAGCGGGACGUUGAAAAGGCCGAGUCCAUGAAGGAGCGAGCCCGCCGAAAACUAGAGUCUCAACGCCAGACGCUUGACGGAAGACAAUCAAAGUAUUCCUAUGCUGCUGGAGCACAAUUCGACGAAGACGAGGAGGAAGAAGAAGAGCACGAAGAGGAGGAAGAGGAAGCCAGAGAAACCGACGAGGAAGCAUUGGAUAGCGACGAGCUUGAAGCGCUGGACGACGAGGCCGACGAAGCCAAUGCAACUAGAUUGCGUGCUGUUAAAGAAACCGGCGACGACGACGCACCCCUACGCAGGACCCGUGUUUUGGAAGACAGUGACGACGAGGCUGAAUAA